AUGUCUUCCCCUCAGGACCGCGCCCAGCAGUACAUCGGCCAGCUCGAUAAGGAGCUGUCCAAGUACCCUACCCUCAACAACCUCGAGAAGACCACCGGCGUGCCCAAGGCCUAUGCCGUCAUCGGCCUCGUUGCUCUCUACUUCUUCCUGAUCAUCUUCAACCUCGGCGGCCAGCUCCUCGUCAACCUCGCUGGCUUCGUCCUUCCCGGAUACUACUCGCUCAAUGCGCUCUUUACCUCUUCCAAGCAGGAUGAUACCCAGUGGCUCACUUACUGGGUUGUUUUCUCUUUCUUCACUGUCAUUGAGAGCUUGAUCAGCGUCGUCUACUGGUUCCCCUUCUACUACACCUUCAAGUUUGUUUUCCUCCUCUGGCUCUCUCUUCCUACCUUCAAGGGCGCCGAGAUCAUCUUCCGCUCUUUCCUCGCCCCCACCCUUGGCCGUUACUUCCAGAACGGCUCCACCGCCAGCGGCCUCCGCGCCAAGGCUGACGCUGUCCACACUGACUAA